AUGAACGAAACAGAACCACAGUCGUCCGCAGUCUCGCGCGUUUUCGGCACUACCGAACUUCUGGAAAAUAUCCUAUUACAGCUAGGCGAGAGCAACAAAUCGGCAUGGAGAGACCUCUUCGUCGUCCAGAGAGUCAGCCGGCGGUUUCAAGCAGUGAUAUACGCAUCUCCCUCUCUCCGUCGAACCAUGUUUCUGGAACCUCCUAACAGACCGCUCGACAGCGCAGAAGUGGCUCAUUUCUUCGAAAGCUAUCGGGCUUUCUUUACCGCAAUCCAGAGCGUGCUCUUUCCCUUCUGGUGCCAUCUACGACACGCGAGCUCCGACAAUGCGGAAGCCUUUGUGCUCGCGCUGAACAUCUCGCUGUUCUGGCAGGAAGAGAGCCCCGGCUGCUUGGUAGGCAGAGGACCCGGUGGAUUUGAUGGGAGUAAGGCCAUCGAACAACACGACUCUUGGCGAAAGCUCUUUGUGCCGUACCAUCCUGGCCAGCAGGUCGAAUUGCAUUGCUGCGGCUAUCCUGUGCAGGAUAGCAUCACUGAAGGAAUCACACUGGGGGAGCUGGCAGAUAAGGCGAUGAGAGCAGGAUCCGGGCAUCUGGAUGGACUGCAGCCUGUGAGGUACUUCGGAUAG